AUGACAGAAACUAAGAGUGGGGUAGAGUAGCCGAAGAAGAAGGUGUUCUGGGCUGAAAGGAUUCUGAGAAUAAGGGAAGAGAUGUUUACUUAUGUUAAAACAAGAAGACAAUAGUACACAACAGAUACAAAAGCCCUACUUUGCAGAGGCAUUGAGGAAAAUGAAAUAGCCAAGAUCUAGAAUGGACUUAAGGCAGAAUAGGGUAUGUUCUAUGCCAGCAGAGCCUACGUGCCCCUUGCAUUAUUUACUCUUUAUAGAAGAGGGGCAUUUGAAUCUACUUUUAGUCCAGGUGAACUUAGAAAAAUUGUCAAGAUCGCAAUAGUAAUGCAAAUGAUUGACUUAUUUGGGCACUUCCUUUUGAAGUAAAUGACUGAGCCAAUUCACGCUAAGUACAUUGGAAUAAACGAAGAGGCAUUUGCAUAUAAAAAGAAACAGAAUUUCGAUGACUAUUUAAUUCAAAAAGACUAUUUCAAAGCUAAGAAGGAAAAUUAGCUUUAUAAAAGAGGCUGA